ACAUUCCAGUGGGACCUAAUUAAUACCUAACUGUUCUUGAACUUCCAGUGCAGCCCGACUAGAACUAUUUAGGUUAGACCUUCCAAUUGUCCAUUCGUUCCAGUGAGGCUGUGGCUGCGGCUAACAGACCUGCGAAGUCAGAGUGCAAAGUGCGCAGAUGCUGCACUCCGCCACCCACCACCCACCGAGCCACCCAGCCCCCCAACCACCUCGUUCUAGAGGCCCACUCCUUGGAAACUAAUACCACUACUCCUUGGCUAGCCGCAGCUUCCCCAUCCUUUCCAGAUCUAAGAGCGAGCGAGAGCGGAGCGGAGAGAGCGCGGAGAGAGUAGGCGCACACGAAGUUCUCGACGCCUGGAAGCUGCAGCCCGAAAAAUGUCCUGUUAGUACGGGAAAACUAUUGACAGGCGAAAGGUCUAAGAAUCACUUAUAGACUGGCUGAAAAAUCAGAAUAAACACAACAUCGGACAGCCCGAAUGGCGCAAGUUCAGCUAAAUGGAGGCAAUGGCCAAGCGCCGAGCAACGGGAAUAAUGUCGAGGAGAAUGAACCCUAUCAAAUAAGUGACGAUGACUUGGACGACCUGGAUGAUGAUUGCCUGCUCGAGGAGGCGGAGACCUCGGGAGGGGCCAAUAGCAUGGGUCGUGGCCCUUACGAGCGGGCCUGGACGACUGAGGCCACAAGGGCUCUGAUCCACAUACGAGGACCCAUGGAAGGAAGCUUCACAGAGGGCAGACAAAAACGCACAGCCCUUUGGCUGCACUGCACUCGGCAACUCCAACGUUUGGGCUUUCGCUACUCCGCCGCCAAGGUGCAGAAAAAGUGGCACAACAUCCUCAUCACAUACAACAAGAAUCUGAGCAAGAAAUACGUAUCCGGCUAUGUCCACUGGGAGUUCUUCGAGGAGAUGUUCAAGUACUUGCAGGGGAAGAAGGCCGACUUUGACAUGCAGCUGCCACAGCAGUCGUCAAAUGUGCCACAGGCUCCACCUGCUGCAAACGGACACAACCCGACCCAAGGACUCCCCCAGCAAACUUUACAGCUGCAACCCACUCCGGUACCCCUAAAACCCGGAACCCCGCAAAUGCAGCUGCAAAUUCAGCCCCAGGCUGGAGCCAAGGAGGGUCAACCGUAUAUCACGCCUGUGGACCAGGUCCUGCUGCAGGCCCAGAUGAAUAUGGACAGCAAGUCCAACGACGAGUUCGAUGAGGAUAGCAACAGCAUGUCGGAGAUGGUGCGCCAGCCCAAGAUGGAGUACGAUGGCGACCAUGUUCCGGAGGCCGAACGCACCAGCGAUAGUAGCCAGCAUCUGGAGGCCAAUGGCAAGCUCUAUGAUCUGGCGCGGACCAUGGGACCAGCUUCUGGCGUUCCCGACGACAUCUGGUGGAAGGACUACUUCGAAAGAAAACUGGAGCUGGAGCGGGAGAAGAUGGAGCUGCAGCGGAGCUUGCAACGCGAGCAGGUGCAGAUCCAGAAAAUGUCGCUGGUUCAGCAGGAGCGCAUCGAGCGGAUGAAGAUCGAUGCCAUCAACAGUCUGACGGCCACGCUGCAGAAACUCGUGGAGGCCAAGUGCCGCAGGGCCUAGGAUAAAUCUGUUCCUAAUCCCGAUCCCUCCCAGUAACUCUCGGUAACUUUAGGCUUCUAUUUGUCUGUAUCUAGUUGUGUGUGUAAAUACAAUUUCGGCCAACUAA